AUGGACUCUUGCACUCACAAGUCUCUUCAUAUCUCUACACAUCUCUUCAUAUCUCUAUAUAUAUCUCUACACAUCUCUUCAUAUCUCUAUAUAUAUCUCUACACAUCUCUAUAUAUCUCUCUAUAUCUCUCCAUAUCUUCAUAUCUCUCUCCAUCUCUCUUCAUAUCUCUCUUCAUAUCUCUCCUUAUCUCUCUUCAUAUCUCUCCUUAUCUCUCUCCAUAUCUCUCCUUAUCUCUCUCCAUAUCUCUCCAUCCCUUCAUAUCUCUCUCCAUAUCUCUCCAUCCCUUCAUAUCUCUCUCCAUAUCUCUCCAUCUCUUCAUAUCUCUCCAUAUAUCUUCAUAUCUUCAUAUCUCUUCAUAUCUCUCCAUCUCUUCAUAUCUCUCUCCAUCUCUCUCCUUAUCUCUCCAUAUCUUCAUAUCUCUCCACAUCUCUCCAUAUCUCUCCGCAUCUCUAUCGCUACAUAUCUUAACUCUUUCUCUUUCUCUUUCUUUUCUUUCUCUUCGUUUCUCUUUCUCUUUCUUUCUCUUUCUCUUUCUUUUUCUUUCUCUUUCUUUUCUCUUUCUUUUUUCUCUUUCUCUUUCUCUUUCUCUUUCUCUUUCUCUUUCUCUUUUUCUCUUUUUUCUCUUUCUCUCUUUUCUUUUCUCUCUCUCUUUUUCUCUCUCUCUCUUUCUCUCUCUCUUUCUCUCUCUCUCUUUCUUUCUCUUUCUCUCUCUUUCUCUCUCUUUCUCUUUUCUCUUUCUCUUUCUUCUCUCUUUCUCUUUCUCUCUCUCUCUCUUUCUCUCUCUCUUUCUCUCUCUCUCUCUUUCUCUCUUUCUCUCUCUUUCUCUUUCUCUCUCUCUCUCUUUCUCUUUCUCUCUCUUUCUCUCUUUCUCUUUCUUUCUCUUUCUCUCUUUUCUUUUUCUCUCUUUUUCUCUUUUUUCUCUUUUUCUCUCUUUCUCUCUUUCUCUUUUCUCUCUCUCUCUUUUUUCUCUCUUUCUCUCUUUUCUCUUUUUCUCUUUUUUUUCUCUCUCUUUUCUCUCUCUCUUUUUUUCUCUCUCUUUUUCUCUCUCUUUUCUCUCUCUCUUUUUUCUCUCUCUCUUUUUUCUCUCUCUUUUCUCUCUCUUUCUCUUUUUCUCUUUCUCUGUUUCUCUCUUUCUCUUUUUCUCUCUUUCUUUUUUCUUUUUCUCUUUUCUUUUUCUCUCUUUCUCUUUCUCUCUCUUUCUUUUCUCUCUCUUUUUUUUCUCUCUCUUUUUUCUCUCUCUCUUUCUUUUCUCUCUCUUUCUUUUCUCUCUCUUUUUUUUUCUCUCUCUUUCUCUUUUUCUCUCUUUCUUUUUCUCUCUCUUUCUUUUUCUCUCUCUUUUUUCUUUUUCUCUCUCUUUUCUUUUCUCUCUCUUUUUCUCUCUCUUUCUUUUCUCUCUCUUUCUUUUUCUCUCUCUUUCUUUUUUCUCUCUCUUUCUUUUCUCUCUCUUUUUUUUCUCUCUCUCUUUCUUUUUUCUCUUUCUUUCUCUCUCUUUCUUUUCUCUCUCUUUCUUUCUCUCUUUCUUUUUUCUCUCUCUUUCUUUCUCUCUUUCUUUUUUCUCUCUCUUUCUUUCUCUCUUUCUUUUUUCUCUCUCUUUCUUUCUCUCUUUCUUUUUUCUCUCUCUUUCUUUCUCUCUUUCUUUUUUCUCUCUUUCUUUUUCUCUCUUUUCUUUUUCUCUCUCUUUUCUCUCUCUUUCUUUUUCUCUCUCUUUCUUUUUCUCUCUCUUUUUUUUUCUCUCUCUUUCUUUUUUCUCUCUCUUUCUUUUCUCUCUCUUUCUUUUUCUCUCUCUUUCUUUUUCUCUCUCUUUCUUUUUCUCUCUCUUUCUUUUUCUCUCUCUUUCUUUUUCUCUCUCUUUCUUUUUCUCUCUCUUUCUUUUUCUCUCUCUUUCUUUUUCUCUCUCUUUCUUUUCUCUCUCUUUCUUUUCUCUCUCUUUCUUUUUUCUCUUUCUCUCUCUCUCUCUCUUUCCUUUCCUUCACGUAAAGUCCUCUUAA